AGUGAAAUAGUGGUAGAAUUACCACAAAUUGUGUUUAAAUUGUUUAGUAGAUAAACAACUCUUUUUCACUUACAUCUCUAUAAUAUCUUAGGACAUCAAAUAAUUGUUAUAAGAUAAGGUGUUUAGAAGUGUUAAAUCUUUAGAUAUUCAGAAUUGUUUGGAUUUUAAAGUGUUUAAAUUGCCUUGGUGUGUAUACAAUUUGGAUUUUAAAAAAGAUCUCACAAACAGUUUGGAUUUUAAAUGUGUGGCAACAGUAUUUUUGGAUUUAUCCUAGGUGUUUUAUAAUUUUGGAGUGAAAGCAUAAAUUUUUUGCUACAUUGUUUAAUUUUUUGAAAAAUAUGUCGCCAUUGUAAGUGUCCUCCAGAAAUUCACGAUAUGGCUUCAAGUCUCGUAGACGACAGGUCAUUUAAUAAACUUAUACAUGAUGUCAAGCGGAAUUCUACGUCAGAUGAUGACAGUGGUUGCCCGCUAGAGGAAUACUCCUGGGUGCCGCCAGGACUCAAACCCGAACAGGUACAUCAGUAUUUCCGUGCCUUACCGGAGGAGAAGGUGCCAUAUUUGAACAGUUUAGGGGAGAAGUACCGGGUACGACAGUUAUUACAACAGCUUCCACCACAUGACAAUGAGGUUCGGUACUGUAAUAGUCUCAGCGAGGAGGAAAAACAUGAGCUGCGUAUGUUCAGUGCGCAAAGAAAGCGUGAAUCUCUGGGCCGAGGAAAUGUACGGCCGUUGCCUCUCACUAUGCAAGGAGGUGUCUGCUCCAAGUGUAAGGGGAUGAUAUCAGGUGGAGAUAUAGCUGUGUUUGCGUCACGCUGCGGGACUGACCGGUUCUGGCACCCGUCUUGUUUCGUGUGUAUGACGUGUGAUGAACUGUUAGUGGAUCUGAUAUAUUUCUACAGAGAUGGCCAGUUGUAUUGUGGAAGACAUCAUGCAGAAAUUAUCAAACCAAGAUGUGCUGCCUGUGAUGAGAUUAUUUUUGCUGACGAAUGUACGGAGGCAGAAGGACGUAGCUGGCAUAUGAAACAUUUCUCAUGUUUCGAGUGUGAUGCCCAACUUGGUGGACAGAGAUAUAUAAUGAGAGAAGGCCGACCAUUCUGUUGUGUGUGUUUUGAGCGAAUGUUUGCAGAGUUCUGUGAUACCUGUGGGGAACACAUUGGCGUAGAUCAAGGACAGAUGACCCAUGAAGGUCAGCAUUGGCACGCCACACCACACUGUUUUAAAUGUCAUACAUGUCAAAAAUCCCUACUAGGACAACCAUUUCUGCCAAAACAUGGUGUUAUAUACUGUUCAGCUGCUUGCUCAAGAGCAGGGUCGUUAAAUACCCAGACACCGCGUAGAGCCGAGGAUUACAUGCAAGAUAUAAGUAACAUUCGACUUGGUUCACCAGUAAGUCAUGCCAUGCAAGAAAGUAGUGUUAUGGCAUUACAGGAAGUUUUACGACAGCAAUAUACCAUACCUGAGAGCUGUCCUUCAUCUGAUCGGGAUCAAGGUUACGCUACGAGUAGUAACAGUGAAGUUUACGCUCCUGGCAUAUACGAGCCUCCAACUAAAGCUAGAAUUGAAAUGUCUGGAUAUGAAAUAAAUAUGGACGGUUUAGUGGAUGCUCUUCCUAUGCAUGAUGCUAAAAAGAAAAGACUUUCACAGUUAUCAAUGCCAGAUUUAUCAAAAGAACGAUUGAAGCGAAGUGGUUCUGAACGAGACAGUAGCAGCUCAGGCUCAAGAAGUCGAAGCAUUAGUAGAAGUAGAUCUGGAUCGGAGAAAAAUCUGGGAGUUAAAUUCAGUGGAAAUGCGCAAGCAAAUUACUAUCAUCCGGAUGUGCCAACUAACUUUAUUCAACCAUACAAUGGUGGAAAGCCAAAAAUUUUAACUGCACAAAAUGGUUGUACUAAUCGGUCUUUUCCUGAAUUAAGAAACGUAUCAUCUGCCAAUACUCCGACUGAGGAUAUUAAUGAACUGCCUUUGCCUGAUGAAGAAAAAAUGAACCCUAUAUCGCGUCCUCCCAAUGGAAAGUCACGUCAUCAUCGUCAUGGAAGAUAUCCGCGAAGUCGUAGUUUUGAAGGUCGAGCCUCGAUGCUCGGUCAUUCUAGUCACGCCGGUGAAAUGGAAAGAAAGAAAAUUUUGAAAAAUACAAAUCCUAACAUGUCUCACAAUUCAGAACUGUCGAUGUCAAUGGAUAGGGGCGUAGAUCAUUACGAAGACUCUUGUAGUACGUGUAGCACGUGUUCUAGCUCAAGUGACUCCGAGGACGACUUUGAUUAUUACUAUGACAGUCCAAAUAAAGGUGCCACUAGAAUAACUUACGUCGAUAGCUUUGGCUUUGCUGGAAAUAAGUGUUCAACAUUGGGACGACCAGUGCGUAGGCAUAAAGGCAAAAAAGAUAAAAAUUGUGUAAUUUCAUAGUUAAAACCUGUGCUUGUUUUUACUACUUUGUGCGUUUUUAUAAAUUGUUAUAUAUUUAAGUAAUUUAAUUUAUGUACCUUCUGACUAAUGUAUAUAUAAAGGACAGGUAAUUGUGAUAUUUUGUUUAUGAUUAAAAACUUGUAUAUUUAUUAUUGACACUGAAUUUUAUGUAGUUUGUAAAUUGACACAAGCAUAACUCUAUAGUAGUGUGAAAAAAUAUAACAUACACUAUUAAUAUACUGCUAAAUACAUAAGUAUACUUUUUAAUAGAUCUUAAAGACAAAUUGUUGUACAACAUACCCAUGUUUUAUUUGAAUCUAAUGGAAAUGAUUUUUUUUUAAUGAAAGGUUUUUAUUGUUUUGUGCCUUUGUAUAAAUGAAGAUAAUGCUUUGAAUGGCAUGGUGUAUGUUACAUGUAGCAGUUCAUAGCAAAUCAGGUGCGGUAUAUAGUAACAAAGUAUAUGAUACCAAUUUCAUGAACUGAAUGUUAAU